UCGCCUUGCGAGAACUGGACUGCGGCCACGCACAAGGCCCGCACGCGACGCCGGCCUACGUGCAGCGCGACGUGCUCUGGGGCGGCAGCCUCGGCCCCGUUGCAGCGCCGCGCCACGUCGCGACGCCGUCUGCAUGCGGCCGCUAUCUGUAGCACACAUCUGGCGCCAAACCACUGGCCGAGCCGCUGCCGCCGGCGACAGCUGACGCGCAGUCUGCACGCUUCUCCCGGCGAAGGUGCCGGGCUUCAUCGGAGGUGCCGCCUCGGCAUCCCGACUCUAUUGCUUCGAUGUCCAACGAGCACGUCGUGGAAUUGCAGGCUCCAGGCAAGCCAUCAGUGGUGUCCAGGGACCGCUACUCCGUAACGCUGUCCUGGAAUCCUCCAGAGGAUCUACAGGCAGGCAAUGGAGAUCGCUCUGUCGUCUACACGUUGCAGAUGCACGACCGCGUUCGGGGCUGGGUUACUGUCUACUGGGGCCACAGAACCCAUGAGCAGGUGCGAGACCUGCCGCCUGGAGGAUGUGCCCACUUCCGGCUGCGAGCUUCCCUUGGCGACCGCCACAGCCCCUGGGGCGCCACUUUCGCCGCUAACACCACAGAGGACCAGGUGGCGGUGGUGAAACUCGAGCGAGCAGUGGCUGCUGGCAAGACGGCCGUCGUCAAGAAAGUGCUCGCAUCCAGGCCCAGUGCAGCAGAGCUGAUGUCUCGAGGUGGUGUCUCGCCGCUGGCGCAAGCGUCACUGCGUGGCGACGCGCUCACUGUGUCACUGCUGCUGGCUGCGGGCGCAGACGCAGACAGGGCAGGAGGCGGUGCCGGCCGCACACCGCUCAUGCUGGCUGCUGCGCAGGGGCACCUUGACGUCUGCACCAUGCUGCUGGAGCGUGGCGCCAGCUGGGAUACCAAGGACUGGAGCGGGUGUACGCCGCUACACUACGCCGUCGACGCUUCCCAGCUGGACGUGGUCCGCCUGGCUCUCGACAGUGGCGCAGACAUCGACGCUCGCGACAACCAAGGCUGGACACCCCUGAUGCGCGGAGUGUCUAUGGAGAGCAGCGAAGAGGUCCUGCGGGAGCUGGUGGGCCGCGGGGCAUCCCUGGACGCCGAGGACCGGCGCGGGCAGACGGCGCUGAUGCAGGCCGUGCUGGCGACGCGUCGCGACGCCGUCUCCAUACUGCUGGCCGCUGGGGCCGGCCGCAAGCGCAGGAACCUCUACGGCAACACCGCGCUGGACAUGGCGCGCGCCAGGAACCUCAAGGAAAUCGUCCGACUGCUGAUGAACGCUGAAGAUGAUGCCAGGAAUGGCAAGCGCAAGGCAGCGCAAGAGGAGAAGGAUCUGCAACAAGACGCUCGACCAUCCUCCCACUCUGCUAUGGUCUUAGCGUCAGCGAAGGCGAAGGAAGUGGCCCUCUAAACCGAACGGGCAAAGCCAGGCGAGACGAAGAGUAUCAUGAAAACUGGACAGUGGAUGAAAACUUUUGAACAUAACCUUGCCGCUGCUUGGAUUUUGUUGCAAGCGUGACAAAUUGUAACUACAAUCAGUUGUCGAGUAACACAAGUCAAAAAGCAAUUGCUGGCCGAUAUCUUGGAAUUUGGGAGUGUAAGGAAAGGUGUACUCGCAGGGACGAUGUAUACAUGAUUCAUCAUCCAAAUAUGCAAGAAUGCGAGAUUGUUUGUGGCGUAAGUUUGUUGGGAAACAGUUAUUUUGCGGAACGAAAGGCGGAACUGCAUGAUAUGGAUCUCAGCGUUCUACUUCUUUUAAUAAACUGCAUCUUAAAACUACUGUAAUAUUAGUCUAAGUAAAUUAGAUAUGCUGUCGAAGGACAGUUUACGCGGAUUGGCACUGAAGUUGUAGCCGGCCGGUGUGGCCGUGCGGUUCUAGGCGCUUCGGUCUGGAACCGCGUGACCGCUACGGCCUCGGGCAUGGAUGUGUGUGAUGUCCUUAGGUUAGUUAGGUUUAAUUAGUUCUAAGUUCUAGGCGACUGAUGACCUCAGAAGUUAAGUCGCAUAGUGCUCAGAGCCAUUUGUACCAUUCAAGUUGUAUCUUCGUCGACAGUACAAGCUCCUUUUACACGAUCAACUUUCUUCUCUCAACUGUCUAUCGGAGGCAAGUGACUCUUACUGCAGCGGCUCUGGCCUUUUAUUUCUGCACUAAGUCUCGUCUGUUUUUAGUGGUCGUCUUCGUUUACACGUCAGCACCAGAAUUGUGUGUGUUGAGAGAGCUGUCUGCUGUGGAGUUUGGGACUUAAACAGUAAAAACGAGGUUAUGAAGGACUACCCUUUUUACGAAAAAAUUGGAAUAUAGUAAUAAAAAUUAGGAAUAAGCAAUGACAGUAGAGUUUAUAAACGACCAAAGCAGAGUGCAUAGUAGAUGUUCUUUUCAAAGCUCGUGUGGUAAAUUCUCUAUACACCUGAGAACUGCAGGAAUAGGGAAAAUGUCGUCCAAAUGUUUAAAAACAUACACAUUUAUUUGCUUGAGAAAAUAUAUACUUGCAAACACAUCAAACAAUAUCUAGAACGCAGUAAAUAGAACCUUUUUAGUUUAUCCUAUGUAUCUUGUUUUCGUGCUAAGUACCAAAUAAUAUCGAAAAUUAGUUUUGUCGUCAAAUAAAUCUGACUUUUUAACUGUUGAAAUAAUUUUCAUCAAAACACGUUUCUCUGUUUGCGUCCCUUGUUUAUGCAUAGUGUACUUUUUUCUCUGUAAAACGUAAAUAAUUUUUUGCUUUCAGAUAUUUCCACUCUCUUCUAGGAGACCACGACAACAAAGAGCAAGAAGACAGAAAAGCACAAAAUCUGUUUCUAUAAUAGGAGUGAAGUCUGCCAGAAUAGGUUAACUAGUAGACACCACCAUAGACCCACGUUCGUGCUCAUGCACAGUGUGCAGCAUAGUUGGAAAUUAGGACUCCACACUCGGCGCAGUCUAUACAUCACUGACGUCAUAGGUACACUCGUGACGUGGUUGGCUGCUGAUUUACAGGCAAGAACAAAAGUCUCACGCACUACGAGCAGUCGACAUUGAUCAGAGAGUCGCUCGUGUAUAACGGGCUUAAUGGCUAUUUUCGAGUAUUGCUGUUAUGUUCAUUCACGAAACUUCCUGGCAGAUUAAAACUGUGUGCCCGACCGAGACUCGAACUCGGGACCUUUGCCUUUCGCGGGCAAGUGCUCUACCAACUGAGCUACCGAAGCACAACUCACGCCCGGCCCUCACAGCUUUACUUCUGCCAGUACCUCGUCUCCUACCUUCCAAACUUAACAGAAGCUCUCCUGCGAAACUUGCAGGACUAGCACUCCUGAAAGAAAGGAUACUGCGGAGACAUGGCUUAGCCACAGACUGGGGGAUGUUUCCAGAAUGAGAUUUUCACUCUGCAGCGGAGUGUGCGCUGAUAUGAAACUU